CAAAUGAAGUGAAUAGAUCAACAAUGAUCUACAUUGAGGGUUGUAUCGCCGUCAUGUCCCACCGCUUUGUGUUUUGCCGUGUUUAGACGCGUCGCCCUCACCAACGUUAUCUCCAACACUCCCCCCGUCAUGCCUCCAAAACGAAAGCACAAUGAUGAUGAGGAACAUGAUUCCAAGCGCUACGCCUACCUUAAACCCCGCGUCCGCCGUGUCCCCGAGAAAACCAUCAAGUCGAAAUGGAUAACUCUACCAGAGCCGGUUCAAGAAAGAGUCCGGGAUAUGUUUCAUUCCCUUGAGCGACCGGUCAUCAUGCGAAGCCAGAAUGAGCGCAAGCGCAUCGAGGCGCAGGGUGCUGUGCAAGCGGUGGUGCGAAAUCUAGGCAAACGACUCCCGCGGAUGCCAUUUCCACCCGCGACAAAGGACUCGAACUUCGACUACGAGUCUGCGUUGAAUGAGCACCGGGCAUUGGAAUCCAGCCUGGCCACCAUGACCGAUAGUGUCGAUCUCUUGAAAGCCGAGAUUGCAAAAGAAGAAGCGGCCCUGGUGCGUGAUAAAAAGUCACUGCAGGAAAUGGACAAGAACGCCAAACGGGCCGAGGCUGAACGGAAAAGACAGACGAAGAAUGAACACCCCGUUCUCCGGCAGCUGGACGCGCUUCCUCAAACCGAGGGCUCAAUGUCCUCCGGAUUUUCUCUUCUCGGCGCAAAGGAUAGCCAAGCGACUCUGGACGAGUUGGACAACGACCCCGAAAUUCAAGUACUUAUGAAGCAACUAAAUGGCCAUCUUCAAUCCAUGCAAAGCAAUACUGCGCCAUUCGCUGGGCUAAGUGAGGCCAUCACUCGUUCACAAGCUGCCUUGGACCUGUACUCACUGUCCAACGACUGAUCGCUGGACAUUUCCGCACCAUACAAAUAUCAACAAACUACACGCAUUUCAAUGCGCGUCGACACAUGAAAGACCUCGGGCCAGGGAACUUCGCGCUUACUGAGAGAAGCCAUUCGAGUCCCGAGUACGGCAGUCCAGGAUCACCCAGACACCCCAUGUCGCGUGCUCAGAUCCCAACACAUGCGCUGAAUAGCUGCAUCGGACGGACACCGUGCGCGGCUGGCCGCCUAUGCUACUAAGGACCAAUACAGGGGAUCAAUACUUUCUCAGCACCGGUCCCAAUUAUAAACCCGGAGAGAUUUGCGACGCCAAACACGGGGCUCAAUAUCGAGAAUAAUGGAAUAAGCCAUAAUACAAGCUG